GUAUAUUAUUUACAAGCACAAACAACCAUCUUCUUCUUCUUCAUAUCCUAGAGAGAGAAAGUAAAAGCAAAAAUGUCUGUGAUUUCCGAUCUGCUUAAUCUCAACCUCACUGAUUCCACCAAGAGCAUCAUUGCCGAAUACAUAUGGAUUGGUGGCUCCGGUAUCGAUAUUCGCAGCAAAGCAAGGACUCUUCCCGGACCGGUUAGUGACCCUUCAAAGCUUCCGAGGUGGAACUACGAUGGAUCGAGCACCGGUCAAGCUCCCGGUCAAGACAGUGAAGUCAUCCUAUACCCUCAAGCAAUUUUCAAAGAUCCAUUCAGGAGGGGAAACAACAUUCUGGUCAUGUGCGAUGCAUACACUCCGGCCGGUGAUCCGAUUCCGACCAACAAGAGGUAUAGCGCUGCCAAGAUUUUCAGCCACCCCGACGUUGUUGCUGAAGUACCAUGGUACGGUAUCGAGCAAGAAUACACUCUGUUGCAGAAGGAUGUGAAGUGGCCUCUUGGAUGGCCCACCGGGGGUUACCCUGGACCUCAGGGCCCGUAUUACUGUGGAAUCGGAGCGGACAAAGCUUUCGGACGUGAUAUUGUCGAUGCACACUACAAGGCUUGCCUUUAUGCCGGAGUCAACAUAAGUGGCAUCAACGGAGAAGUGAUGCCCGGCCAGUGGGAAUUUCAAGUUGGACCUUCCGUUGGCAUCUCAGCCGCUGACGAGAUCUGGAUAGCUCGUUACAUAUUGGAGAGGAUCACUGAACUUGCUGGAGUCGUGCUAUCGUUCGACCCCAAGCCCAUCCAGGGUGAUUGGAACGGGGCCGGUGCUCAUACCAAUUAUAGCACCAAGUCUAUGAGGGCGAAGGGAGGUUACGAGGUUAUCAAGAAGGCGAUUGAGAAGCUUGGGCUUAGGCACAAGGAACACAUUGCCGCCUAUGGUGAGGGCAACGAGCGUCGUCUCACCGGUCACCAUGAAACUGCCGACAUUAACACCUUCAAAUGGGGUGUUGCGGACCGUGGUGCAUCGAUCCGUGUGGGACGGGACACGGAGAAAGAAGGCCAAGGGUACUUUGAGGACAGGAGGCCAGCUUCCAACAUGGACCCUUACAUCGUCACUGGAAUGAUUGCCGAAACUACCAUUCUCGGCAAGAAAUGAGUUCUCUCUCUCUCUAAUUUACGGAAUUAUGGGGAGUGGUUGCUCGUUUAUUUUUUCGACAUUUUUAAAAGUGGGAAAUCGUAUUUUAGGACAACCCUUUCUUGGUAUAUUUAUUUAUUUUCUCUUAGGGGUUAGAAAAUCUCUUGCAUAGUUAAUGCGGGUUUGGUGUUUUUUUUUCUUUUUUCUUUUCUUUUACUAUGUCGAUCUCGAUCUCGAUCGCUCGGCCUUUGAGAUCGAGUUUGUCUUAAUAACUGGUUGAGAUUAUUACUAAUAAUGUGGAAGGGUUGUUGUGAUUUUCCAUGCUUUGGAAAUUUAUGUAAAGGUUUGCCUUUUGUUUGUUAUAUAUUGAGAAACAAAGUUUGAGUGUUCAAAUUGUUAUCAUCUUUUUU